GUUCGACAAUGCUCCGGCUUCCAACUAGUCCUGCUAGUGCUAGAGCCGUGAUGCUCCAAUGCCAUACCCUCUUCUUCGCAAGACCUCAAAUGGGUCCGCCACCAACAACCUUUUCUCCAUCAGCCAUGUCUUCUUCUUCCCGUGAAGCUCAUGGCCUCUGCGAAAACUCUUCUGCUAUAACCCUUCAUGAAUGGCAAGGAUGGGGAACACAUUCCCAAGUACCCGCCAUGGUUGAGGAGAUUGUCGACGACUUAAUGACUCUUCAGAGAGACGCCGAUGCCCGUUUGACUUUCGGUGGCCUUGGUGGGAAAUUGCAGGGAGACUUAAAGGUGUAUGAAGAUAAGAAACAUAGAGCAAAAUACCAAUCUUUGAGUGGUUCUGAGCAGAAACUCCAAUUCUUUUCUGCACGACAAAUAGCAUGUCGUUUGCUUGGGAGCAGAGGUUACCUUUGUCAGAAAUGUUGGCUUUCUAUGGAAGAUUGUAUGUGUUCGAGACUGAUACCAUCUUGCUCAUUGUGGAAAGGAAUGCGGUUUUGGGUGUAUAUGCACCCGAAGGAUUUUUUAAGACAGAACAACACGGGUAAAUUGUUAUGGCAAGUUUUUGGCUCCCAAGAUGCGAGUUUGUGCCUUUAUGGGAUUUCUGAACAUGAAGAAAUCAUGUGGGAUGCAUUUAAACAUGCAGGGAGGGGAAACGUUUGUUGUCUUUAUCCUAAUAAGAAUGCUCCAAGCUUCAAUGUGCAAGAGUUCUUUAAUAUAGAUUCAUCUAGAGAUCUAGAGUGCUCAACAAUGGAAAAUGUAGACAAGACUGUACAUUUCAUAUUGAUUGAUGGUACAUGGAAUAACUCUGCUGCAAUGGUUAAUCGUUUAAAGGACCGAUCAAAGGAAAUAUGGGGAGAUGACAUUCAUUGCGUUUCUUUGUCUAGUGGCGAAUCUGCUAUGCAUAGACUUAGGCCACAACCGUCGUUGGAUAGGACUUGUACAGCAGCAGCAGGCAUCAGCCUGUUGAGUGAGCUUCACGAAAUACAAAUACUGUCGAAAGUUGGUUUGGAUAAACAAGCCGAAGCAGUUGAAGAAGCUUUAACGAUCCUUUUAGAAGCUCUUACUGCUCGACGGCUUCGAAUGGGAAGAUCCACCACUCGAAAAGCUAGACAUGACUAUAAUAUGGAUUAGAAAAUCUUAGCUGUUGGUAAAACAUUCUUUUGUGGGUUAAUUUAUACAUGAACUGAUAAUGUAGACAAUUUUUGACAGUAUAAUUUUGAAUUUGGUAAUGUGACAAAUUAAGAUAUUAUUUGAUAA